ACUGUUAUGUGAUAAAUUUAUUGCUUAUUUGUUUCCAUCAGUAGAUGAAGAUUAUAAGGAUUAUGAACAAUCUAAAGAACCACCAUGCUAUCCUACCGGCACCACUACCUCUUGCAAUGAUAAAUUAGCUAUUCUCAGUGAUUCAUCUUGGGUGAAUUUUGUUUACUAUGAUCCUAAUACUAGUUUUACGGAUGGAACUUCUUUGACCAUGCCUGUUGGAUUUGAUUUCCGAGUUUCCGCUAAUAGUUCAUCUGCAAAUGAUCUUAGUCCAGCCUUCAUAACAUACCCGGCAAUAAGACUUGUUGAUCCAAAUUUAUUUAACAAAGAUAAUAGUCGAGCUACUGAUAAGCUAAAUGAUAUUUUGAGCGAAGAAAUUAAUACGUACGUUCUUUCACCGUAUCAG